AUGUCCAGAAGGUCGCGGAGCCUGGCGCGGACCAGGGUGUUCACGCGUUCCGGCAUCGACGACGAAGCCUACCCGCCUCCGACUGACGAGGAGCGAAAAACAUUGCGGAAAGUUUUCGACUCGAUCCCUCUGACGGCAUGGUCCCUUUGCUUUGUGGAAUUGGCGGAACGAGCUUCUUACUAUGGCGUCAAAGCUGUCUUCAACAACUACAUGCAGUUCCCUCUUCCUGAAGGUGGCCCUGGAACAGGAGCUAUCGAUCGAAGCAAGCCAAACUCGCACGCCGGCGCACUCAACCUUGGUCUUCAAACGGCAUCUGCAUUAGGUCUUUUGUUUACCUUUCUAGCCUAUAUCGUUCCCAUCUUUGGGGCCUGGAUCGCAGAUACUUAUCUUGGCCGAUAUAAGACUAUCGUUUGGGGUGUGCUCCUCGGAGGUGUUGCCCAUGUCAUCAUGGUAGGCGGUGCUGCACCGGCUCUGCUGCAGGCUGGAAAAGGAGUCGCACCCUUUAUGAUUAGCUUUUUCCUUCUGGCUAUAGGUGCUGGAAUUUUCAAGCCGAAUGUAGCACCCACCAUAAUUGACCAGUACAAGCACCAGCGCGAGUACACCAAGGUGCUAAAGUCUGGAGAGAAAGUGCUUGUUGACCCAGAAACGACCGUCAGCCAUAUCAUGCUCAUCUUCUACGCCUUUGUCAAUAUCGGUGCAUUCUUCUCUAUUGCCAUCGUAUACGUUGAGAAAUACCACAGCUUUUGGUUAGCAUUUUUACUACCGGGAAUUGUGUACUUUUUACUUCCUAUAUUACUUGCAGUCAUGUAUAAGCGCACGAUUAGGAAGCCACCUAACGGUUCAGACUUAACCAAGUUUAUCAAGAUCACAGUAUUGGCGUUGAAGAAGAGCAAGGGCAAUCUCUUCUCGAAAAAUCUAUGGCACAACGUACAGCCAUCUAUUUUAGCGGAACAAGGAACGCAUGUCAGCUAUUCAGAAAAGGACGUGGAUGAUGCGCGACGCUCUUGGCAAGCUGUCUCGAUCUUCCUUUACGUCCCCAUUUGGAUCUUGAACGAUGGCGGUGUCGGCGCCGUAGCAAGCAACCAAGGAGCCGCUAUGACUUCUAAUGGAGCUCCAAACGACUUACUAAAUAAUUUCAAUCCUCUAGUAAUCAUCGUGUUCUCGCCAUUAAUGGCCCAGGUCGUUUAUCCGUUUCUCGAGCGAAAGAAAAUUAAAUUUGGACGCAUAAGUCGAAUGACUUUCGGCUUUAGCCUUGCUAUCCUCUCCGGUGUAAUUGGUGCCAUCGUCCAAUACCGCGUAUACGAGACUAGUCCUUGCGGUUAUUACGCUAGUACUUGCGAUGAUGUUUCGCCUAUCUCGAUCUGGUGGCAGAUCCCCAAUGUUGCACUCGGCGCUAUAUCAGAAAUCUUCGUCAAUGUCACCUCGUACGAACUGGCAUAUGCGCGCGCCCCCGAACACAUGAAAGCCACUAUCUUGGCUCUCUUCCUGUUUAUGACGGCAUUGAGCAGUGCGUUGGGCGAGAUUUUGAUCCCUGCUAUUGUCGAUCCAACGCUCGUAUGGGCCUGGGCCGCGCCUGCGAUUGCGCUCUUCGUCCAGACUGUCAUCUUUCAUUGGAGAUAUCGCAAUCUCAACGACGAUGCCUUCAUGACCCAUGAAGAAGAUUUCCAACGAUUACCUUCCGCGAAUGACGAAAAAGCCGAACCGAAAGCGAAUUAAUUAGUCGGGCUCAAUCGGAGGUCUCGGCAAUGUAGGUACCUAACACGAUGGAACUCCGUCAAUUGAGGAAGUCUAGAUCAGCCUUUUUGGUUUGACGUUUAAUAUAUUGUAUUCAUCUCGUAAUUAUGUACCUAAGUAAAAAAUGAGCUUCCGGCACAGUCCCAAGUUCCUAG